AUGCAGACAUUCAUUAUAAAACAGCAAGCGCUUUCUCAUUUUGAUCACCUCCUCCAAAGUCAAGAAUCCUCCGUGGUCAUUAAGUUCCAGCAGAAGUACUGGAAAACCAAGCAGACGCUGAUCAAAGUCACAGGGAAGAAGGAGGAUGAGCAUGUUGUGGCUUCCGAUGCUGAUCUGGACGCUAAACUGGAGGUGUUUCAUUCAGUACAGAGAACAUGCAUGGAGCCUAAGGUGAUCGAGCAGUAUCAAAGGAGAAUCAGCUGUGAAAUAGACACAGGUCGGUUCCUGCGUUCACAGGCUCUCCAGGACAAAAUCGCUGGAAAGAUCAUGCAAGCUACUGGGAAAGCUCUCUGCUUCUCCUCACAGCAAAGGUCUCUCUUGCGAGGUCCCCUGGGCCGUCUUUAUCAGGAGGUGGAGCGUUUCGUUGCGGGCAAAGCCAUUUCCGACACCGUGGUGGUGAACAGGAUGGAGCAGUCACGGACCGAGUACAGAGGAGCUCUGCUGUGGAUGAAGGACAUUUCUCAGGAGCUGGACCCCGACACGCACAAGCAGAUGGAGAAGUUCCGUAAGGUCAGUUCAGACUCAGGUCGUCAUACCAAGGCGAGUUUUGACAAACUGAAGAAUGAUGUGUGUCAGAAGGUUGAUCUGCUCGGAGCCAGCCGCUGUAAUCUGCUCUCUGCGUUCUGACAAGCGUAUCAGACUACAUUGCUACAUUUCUGGGAGAAAGCCUCUCACACUAUGGUUGCUAUUCCUUUGAGGAGCUUCAAAGGCUGCCAGACUCAUGAGGCUUCAGCUCUGGGGGGUUCAGACUCUGCUGCAAAAAAGAAAAGUAAACAAAGAAACAUAUACAAAGCAGAAGAUGAGAUGAGCCAGAAGUGCACAGAUGAAACGUACCUGAUUUCAAUUGAAGAAGAAACCUGAGCAGAAAUGACGAGGCUUUCUCCGCGGCCAGAGAAGGACGGCUUGUUGAAUGAGAUUCUGGGCAGCAGUUCCCUGGAGGAUGGAGGUUUUCUCAAGCAGGAAUGGCACGAGGUGUUUGGGAAGACACUGGCCGGGAGUGAGCCCGCUUUUCUACCUUCUAAACUGCUCGUUGACCAGAACAUGAACGACUCCAGUCUGACAGUUGGGAUAACAGCCAUUCCACAGAAUGUUCCUGAAAGCUCAUCUGUAGCAAGUCAAAACUCUUCCAAACCUGCAUCUGUUUGCUGGAUCUGGAUCCUCUUUCGGAAUCUCCAGACGCGGGACGUCGAAUCACACGAAGAGCGUGAGCUUCUGAACGCUUUGAUCUGCUCCGAUACAGAUGUGCAUUUUUUACGCUCUUGUCGCAUUAACCGGAGCAGUCCACGCCAGAGGCCUACACAAGAGAGAUAUCUUCACGCCAUAUAG